UAAAGAUUCUCUCUGUGUUCUCUCACAAUUUUCAAUUUCUUCAUCAUCAUAUAUCAGAAAACUCCAUUUCCCUUCGUUUUUCAUAAAUUAAAAGGAAAAGGAAAAGCUCGUCUUCAAACCAAAGGAAAAACAACUUUCGAUCGAUCUCUCAGAGGUACAAAUCUAAGUAUGGAAGACGAGACUCAAGUUAUCUCAGAGAUACCUGUUGUGAAAGUUCAAUCUGAGGAAAUAACAGAUAUUAUCAAGGCAACAAAUGGAGAUUUGCUAAAAGUAGCUAAAGAGGGGAAGAAAGAAGAUGACGAGACUGAUGGAGAAUUCAUAAAAGUAGAGAAGGAGUUGCUUGAUGUGAAGGAUACCUCUCAUGCAGCCGAGGCAGCGACUGCUGAUGAUGAGAAGCCAUUGUCGAUAGAAAGAAACUUAAGUAGUUCAACCAGAGAAUUAUUGGAAGCACAGGAGAAGGUUAAGGAACUUGAACUUGGAUUGGGAAACAUAGCUGGAAAACUUAAACAUUCUGAAUCAGAAAAUACACAGAUGAAAGAGGAGAUCUUGCUUGCAAAAGAGAAGUUGGAAACAAGUGAAAAGAAGUAUGAGGAGCUUGAACUCGAUCAUAAGAAAUUGCAACAGCAGAUGAUUGAGGCUGAGGAGAAAUAUAGUGCACAGCUCCAAACUUUGCAUGAGGCACUGCAAGCACAAGACUCUAAGCACAAGGAAUUGAUUGAGGUGAAGGAAGCAUUUGAUGGCCUCAGCCUCGAUCUUGAGAACUCGAGAAAGAAGAUGCAACAGUUGGAACAAGAGUUGCAAUUUUCUGAAGGUGAGGCAAGGAGGUUCGAGGAGUUGCACAAACAAAGUGGUUUACAUGCCGAAUCUGAGACACAAAAGGUUUUGGAGUUUGAGAGGCUUCUUGAAGAGGCAAAAUCAAAUGCAAAAGCAGUGGAAGAUCAGAUGACUACCCUUCAGGAGGAAGUCAAGGGCUUGUAUGAGAAGCUUGCGGGAAACCAGAAAGUUGACGAAGCCCUUAAGAGCACAACAGCAGAACUUUCAGCAGUUAAUGAAGAAUUGGCACUUUCAAAAUCACAACUGCUGGAUGUGGAGCAAAGACUCUCUUCAAAGGAGGUUCUUGUUACUGAAUUGACCCAAGAAUUGGACCUGAAGAAAGCUUCAGAAUUUCAGAUGAAGGAAGAUGUCUUGGCAUUGGAAACUUUGCUUGGAGCAACAAAAGAAGAUCUCCAAGCAAAGGUUUCUGAGUUGGAAGGCAUCAAGUUGAAGCUGCAGGAGGAAGUUGAUGCAAGGGAAUUGGUUGAAGCCCAGUUGCAAGACCAGAAGGCACAGGUCUCAAAUAUACAUGAAGAACUGGCUAAGGUAAUGAAAGAAAAAGAAGCUCUUGAAACAACUGUGACAGAUCUCACUAGUAAUGCAGCAGAAAUGAAGAUAUUAUGCAAUGAGCUCGAAGACAAGUUGAAGAUUUCAGAUGAGAAUUUCUCUAAAGCAGAUUCUCUUUUGACCCAAGCUUUGUCAAAUAAUGCAGAGCUUGAACAGAAAGUGAAGUCUCUGGAAGAUCUUCAUAAUGAAUCUGGAGCUGUUGCAGCAUCUGCUACUCAGAAGAAUCUGGAGCUUGAGGAUCUAAUCGAAGCUUCAAAUCAAGCAGCAGAAAAUGCAAAAUCACAACUGAGAGAGCUUGAGGGACGCUUUAUUGCAGCAGAACAAAGGAGUUUGGAGCUUGAACAACAAUUGAAUUUAGUUGAAUUGAAAAGCAGUGAUGCUGAAAGAGAAGCGAGAGAAUUCUCUGUGAAAUUAUCUGAACUCAGUGGUGCACUGAAAGAAUUGGAGGAAGAAAAAGAACAGUUGAGUCAGCAGAAUCAAGAACACCAGGCAAAAAUAACUCACCUUGAAUCCUCUCUAAAUGAAUCAUCAUCAAGGAGUGCAGAGCUUGAGGAGGAGUUGAGGAUUGCUAAAGGGAAGGGUGCUGAACAUGAGGACCGAGCAAAUAUGAACCAUCAGCGCAGCAUUGAACUUGAAGAGUUAUUCCAGACAUCUCAUUCCAAAGUAGAAGAUGCUAGCAAAAAGGUAAAUGAGUUGGAGUUGUUGCUUGAAGCAGAGAAGUACAGAAUCCAGGAACUCGAAGAGCAGAUUAGCACAUUGGAAAAGAAAUGUGGAGAUGCAGAAUCUGAGUCCAACAAACACUUGGACAAGGUAUCUGAACUUUCAUCUGAGCUUGAGGCAUACCAAGCAAGGGCAUCAAGCCUGGAGAUUGCACUGAAAACAGCUGACGAAAAGGAGAGAGAGCUGACAGAAAUCCUGAAUUCAAUAACUGAUGAAAAGAAAAUGUUAGAAGAUGCAUCAAGCAAUUCCGACAAGAAGCUGGCUGAAGCUGAGAAUCUUGUUGCAGUCUUGCGCAAUGAAUUAAAUGUGGUACAAGAGAAGUUAGAGGGCAUUGAAAAUGAUCUAAAAGCUGCUGGAUUGAGAGAAAGUGAUAUUCUGGUGAAACUCAAGUCUGCUGAGGAGCAAUUAGAGCAACAAGAAAAACUAAUAGAGGAAGCUACUGCAAGAAAGUCGGAGCUUGAAUCAUUAAAUGAAUCACUAGCAAAGGAUUCAGAAAUCAAACUUCAAGAAGCUAUCACAAACAUCACUAACAAGGAUUCUGAGGCAAAACUCCUGGUUGACAAACUGAAGAUUCUUGAAGACCAGGUAAAGUUAUAUGAAGAGCAGCUAGCUGAAGCAGCUGGGAAAUCUGCAUCUUUGAAGGAUGAGUUGGAUUUGUGCUUGCUAAAAGUGUCUUCUUUAGAAACAUCCAAUGAAGAACUUAAAAAACAGAUCCUUGAAGCAGAAAAUAAAGCUUCCAACUCUUCCUCAGAAAAUGAACUCUUAGUAGAGACAAAUAAUCAGCUCAAAAGCAAGGUUGAUGAACUUCAGGAAUUGCUGAAUGCUGCUGUAUCUGAGAAGGAAGUAUCAGCUCAACAACUUGCGUCUCACAUGAGCACUAUUACAGAAAUAUCAGACAAGCAUUCAAGGGCUCUAGAACUUCAUUCUGCAACUGAGACCAGAAUCGUUCAAGCAGAAAAAGAUUUGCAAGAAGCCAUUCAGAGAUUGACUCAAAGAGACGCAGAAACAAAAGAUUUAAGUGAGAAGCUAAACGCUGUUGAAGGCCAAAUAAAAUUGUAUGAGCAACAGGCUCAUGAAGCAUCUGCAGUUGCAGACACUAGAAAACUUGAGCUGGAAGAGACUCACCUGAAAUUAAAGCAUUUGGAGAGUAUAGUUGAGGAACUACAAACCAGGUCAAGUCACUUUGAAAAAGAGAGUGGAGGGCUUGCUGAGGCAAAUUUGAAGCUCACUCAGGAACUGGCCUUGUAUGAGUCGAAAUUGGAUGAUUUAGAGGCAAAACUAUCUGGGGCACAUGCUGAGAAGAAUGAAACUGUAGCACAGCUUCACGCUUCAAAGAAAGCCAUAGAAGAUUUAACUCAGCAGCUUGCAGAUGGACAGAGACUGCAGGCUCAGAUAUCUUCAGUUAUGGAAGAGAAUAAUAUGCUUAAUGAAACAUAUCAAAAUGCAAAGGAAGAACUUCAAUCAGUGAUCACUGAGCUUGAAGAGCAACUAAAAGAGCAGAAGGCAAGUGAAGACGCCCUAAAGUCUGAAAUAAACAAUCUCAAGGCGGUGACAGCUGAGAAAGCAGCUUUGGUUACCAGUCUAGAGGAUUUGGAAAAGAAAUUGACAACAGCAGAGGCUCGACUGAAAGAAGAGGUUGAAAGGGUUCAGGCAGCAGCUACUGCAAGAGAAGCAGAGUUAACUUUGAAACUAGAGGACCAUGCACAUAAAAUCCAUGAUAGAGAUAUAUUAAAUGAUCAAGUACUACAACUUCAGAAAGACUUGCAACUUGCUCAGAGCAUUGUCACUGAACAGAAGGAAGCAAAUUUGCAAAAUGAUUUAGAGAGAGAAACAGCUUUGAAGAAAUCCCUUGAAGACCUUGAAUCUAAGAAUAAGCAAAUCGUACUUCUAGAGAAGCAAGUUAAGGAGCUUGAGCAGAAAUUGGAACUUGCAGAUGCAAAAUUAUUAGAAAAGGGUGAAGCAGCUUCUCACAAGGAUGGAACGGAGAUCAAAUCCAGAGACAUCGGAUUAGCCUUUUCCACUCCCACAAAAAGGAAGAGUAAGAAAAAGUUAGAGACUACCUCUGCCGAAGCCUUGACCUCUUCCGAAACACAUGCUCAAACUGCAGAAGCUUCUCCUGUCAUCAACUUAAAGUUUAUUUUAGCAGUGGCAUUUGUAUCUAUCAUCAUUGGCGUAGUUCUCGGGAAGAGGUAUUAGUUUUGGUUCUGAAUUUUGACUUGCUAUAUAUUCAGCUUCUUCUUUCCUUUCUUUUUUUUUUUUUUUUUUUUUUUUUUUUUUUUUUUUUUUUUUUUUUUU